CUCCCUCUGCUCCUCUCCAGCCCGGCCGUCUGUAUUUUUGGGAUGUUUUAAACGGGCCGGGACAAAGACAUGUUUCCAGGCCGGAGCCUGGCCUGAGCAGAUGUUCCUGCUCUGUGGAGGACAAGGGUAGAAGGACGAGGCGGAGGAGGAGACCUUAUUUCUGCAGAGAAAGGAAGGGAUAGACGAAAUGGCUGAAGAUGUCUGUGGAUUCUGAGAACUCCUGUGUUCUGCUGUCGUCCCGAGAAUCCAGGACCUCCUGCAUCUUCCAGGCUGCGGACGAGAGGGAUGAAAUCCCAGGAGUGGGAGAGGAGAGCGUCCUGGAGAUGCUGAGUUAUUCCAAGUACUCGGACCUGGAGACAUGGCUGUGCAUGCCGUCCUCCCUGCUGCUGUCCAGGCCUCUGGACGGCACCCAAACCUCCUCUUCCUGCUCCACCCUGUCGUCCUCGCAUGCGUCCAACCACUCCUCCAACUCGCCGACUAUGUCCUCGUCGUCGUCGGCGGCCUCCAUCUCCCGGCGCUCCAUCUGCAGCGAGCCGGGAGAAACCCUGCUCAGGGCCUUGGACAGAGAAUCGACUUUUCUCACACCUGCCUUGGGAAAGGAGGCGGCGUUCCUGUCUACGCCUCUCCUGCCCAUCCUUUCCUCUACGCCUGCUGCCGCUUCAGAGACCAGCUCACGGUCUGCAACAGGAGACUCCGCCUCCUGCAGCGGCGUCAGCGUCAGGAAACGGCGGAGGCUCGCUGCCAGCCCCGGAGGACUCCACUGGAACGCUGAAGGUUCUGUGCAGCGCGACUUCUGGUCAUCCGAUCCUCCUUCUGGAUCGGCAGCAGGUGGAGCCAGAGGAGCCGGGCUGAGUGGGAGGAGCCUCCCCCUGGGUCAGACGGACAGGGUGACACCUGUGUGGACGGCAGGUGAGCGGGUAGCUCUGAGGAAGACUUUCUCGGCCGACGACCAGCUGCGGAGGCCAGCGGGUGGAGAACGGAAGCUGCUGAACCGCUUGGAGAGAGGCCGAAAGAAGCUGCGCAGCAUCCAUAGCCUGGGAACACCUGGCCGAUACGACAGCAGGAAAAAGUCGGACAGUAAGAUCUCCCGCUUGGCUCUGCGGUGGAACCAGAGGCCAGCAGGAGAUGCUGUGAUCCGAGACCCGAAGCCCCUGUACCCCACAGGAAUCUAUCGAUCCUCACUCAGCCUGGACAGACAUCUCCCAGGCGUUAUGACCCAACAGAUGCAGAACCUGCAGUUGUCCCAGACUAGGAAGUGUCCCGGUGGGCCAACGUCACCGAGCGCCGCCAAGCGCCUCUACAGGAACCUGUCGGAAAAGCUGCGGGGAAGCACCUCCUCCUUUGAAGAUGCCUACUUCUUUGGAAAAACGGACCGCCUCCGGAAAGCUUCGACGAUGCAGGGCAGCGACUGCAUCUUCGAGGCCGUGGAGCAGCAGGAUCUGGACACCGUGCAGAUUCUACUCUACCAGUUUUCUGCUGAGGAGCUGGACCUGAACACGCCCAACAGCCAGGGCCUGACGCCGCUCGACAUUGCCAUCAUGACCAACAACACACCCAUUGCCAAGCUGCUGCUAAAGGCUGGCGGGAAGGAGAGUCCACACUUUGUGAGCGUGGAGAGUCGUGAGGCCCACCUGAGCGCCCUGGUGGAGGAGGCCGAGCGGCGGGCGGCCGACCUGGCGGCUCAGGCUCAGAGGGACGGCCUGUCGCUCGAGGCCUGCCACAAAGACAAGCAGCUGAGGGCGUGGGAGUGGAGGAGCAAGCUGUACAAGCGCAUGAGGACGGGCUUCCAGCACGCACGUGCCCCGGAGGCCCCCAGCAUGGUUCGACUGAACGUGAGCAGCAGCAACACGCUGACCGUCACCUUCCAGGAGCCGCAGAGUCUAAACUCCACAGUGGUGACCAAGUACAGAGUGGAGUGGAGCUGCCUGGAGGAUUUCUCGCUGCUCGCCGGUGAAAUGGUGCUGGAUAAUCUGCAGAGUCUCAAAUGCACCAUCAGCAGCCUCUCCACGGGUCGGCUUUAUUACGUGCGAGUGUCGGCGUACAACAUGAAGGGCUGGGGUCCGACUGCCUCCUCCCUGCCUCCAUCCGCCGCUCCGUCCAACUGGAGGGAGAGCGACGGCCGUGAACCCAGGAGGCGGGGCCACAUCGAGGCCAUGGAGCGUCUGCUGCAGCAGGUCCGAGCAACGCACACACACUACUGCUGCGGAGACUCGUCGAAACUGCAGAACCCAAGCAGGAAGCAGUCCGUCUCCAGAAGCCUCAAACACCUCUUCAACUCCUCGAACAAGUUUGUGAAGACACUGAAAAGGGGGAUAUACCUGGCUGCUGUUUUCUACUAUAAGGACAGCUUACUAGUGACGGCCGAGGAGCAGAUUCCCAUUGUGGAAGUGGAUGAUUCCUACAGCAGCUCGCUCAUGCAGGACUUCCUCUGGUUCACCAAGCUGUCCUGUAUGUGGGAGGAUGUCCGAUGGCUGAGACAAAGCAUGUCUGUCUCCAUGUCUUCUUCGUCCACACUGCAGGCCCGCCAUAAGAUGCUCACUGCUGCCGCCCAGCUGCAGAACCUUCUCGGAACGCACAACCUGGGCCGGGUCCACUACGAGCCCAUCAAGGAUCGCCACGGCAACGUGCUGCUCGUGACCAUCCGCGACACGGAGAGCCAGCACUCGCUGUUCAGCGGGAGGUGGAUGCAGGUGACCAAACUGCAGAGCCAGAGGAAGUCCUUGUCCACGCCGGAGGAGCCGUACGCACUGGACAUCCUCAUCAUCACCAUGCAGGACAUCCUGGCGUACCAGCGGCGCAGUACCCACCGCCUCGCCCCCGGCCUCUACCUGGGCUACCUGAAGCUCAGCAGCUCAGUGGACCAGAUCAAAGUUCUGGUGUCCCAGCGGGCCCCCAACAUGCUGUGCCACACCCGGAUCCGGGACAACGCCAACGUGUCCAGGGAGGAGUGGGACUGGAUUCAAACGCUGGUGGCCGUGGGGGAAAAACGACGCAGUGAGGAGGACGAGGAGGAGGCGGAGCCUCAGCCAGAAAGCCACGCCCCUCUGCUCUACUACGAGCUGCAGACGGCCAUUAAGUCGAUACUGAAGCACAUCAAUGUCCCUCUGCACCAGGCCCGCCACUUCCGUCUCUACAGUCAGGAGGUGGUGGAGAUCGGCCACGGCGUCUCCUUCCUGCUGCUGCUGCCCCCUGCUGACGACGUCUGCUCCGCCCCCGGGCAGUCCAACCCCUACGCCCCUCUGUCGGGGUUCCUGCACCUCCCGCUGCAGAUGUUUGAGCUCGUUCACUUCUGCACCUACAAAGAAAAGUUCAUCGGUCUCUACUGCCGCCUGUCCUCCGUUCUGGACCUGGACGCCCUGAUUACCCAGCAAGCACUGCGGGAGGCCAUCACGGAUGGCGAGUUGACGAGCGCCAGAUCCCGACAUCAGCUCAUCCUGGACUACAUCCAGCAGCUGGAUGAGAUGCGGCGUGACCUCCGCUGGAUAACAGACGCCCUGCAGUAUGCGCGCUACAAGCAACCCCGUGGCGGUGUACUCAUCACCUGUCUGGUGGACGCCAGUGCUUCAGAGAGCGAUUCUGGACAGCAGAAGACUGACUCCACCUCCUCCACAAUGGACUACAUGCCUACACCCUCCCCAUCGCCGGAGCUCCGGCAGAGGAAGGCCAUCAGUGACUCUCUGCUCGGCUCAGAUGAGGACGGCUCCUCCGAGGUGUUCCUGCCCACCGACAGCGACUAUGACUCCAGUGAUGCCCUGAGCCCCCGCGAACUGGAUCUGCUCUACUCCCCAGCUUCAGAUCUGUCCCAGCAGGUCUUGCACUCGCUAGGUGGAAGCGCCCCCGAUGUCCUGCAGAUCCAUGAACUCAGGUACAGUAUUUGCCCACCGACAGACCUCCCUGUCUCCACUCCCAGGAAGGAUCCUCUCCUACCUACCUCCACUUCUCCAUCUGCAGAUCUCUCCCUCCCCACCUCGCCUAACCCGCCAUCUCGCUGCAGAACCCUGUCUACAUCUCCCUCCCUUCCCUUGUCCCCCAGGUUCUACAAAGAUCUCCCCCUGUCUUUCCCCCUGUCCCCGGCUCUGUCCGACACCACCAAGACUUUUGAGGGCCUCUCACUUACUAAGGAGGGCCCAGCCCCUCUGAGGGGUCUUGCCAAUCCACCGGCCAAACGCAAACUGCUCUCUAGGAGCCACCGGGGGCAAUAUUUCAGCGGGCCCCAGCGCUGGCUUCGGGGCCACAGUGGGGAGAGUCUCACUGGGUCUUUGUCAGAGGGCGUUUACACCAGGCAACUGGAUGCCGACUUAACUCCACUGGGGGACCCACCCUCACCACAGGGCCACACCUACGUAAGCCACGCCUCCUGUGUCCUGGAGAGUCGUAAAGCCCGGCACCGGGAACCGCGGCCCCACGUUCGCAGGAUCUUUGUGGAGCCCUGCAAGGACGCGUCGCCGAGUCGGGAGGAGGAGACUGUAACGACUGCGGGAGUGUCAGUGGUUGUAGCACAGGCAGAGUCUGGAGAGGAGGGGGAGGAGCCAGAGGGCGCCACUGCCCAGGAAGUGGACUCAGACGACCAGACAAACGCGCAGGUCUCAGAGAUUCUCAGCAGCACACUGUAGAGAGGAAACGCGUUGUUGGAUAACGUACGUUACAUGGCCACUGUUAAAGCCACUGCAAACGACUGAGUCGUACAUGUUUUUACCUCAUGACACCAACAGUCCUUGCGUCCAGCAAGGACUCGCAUCCUCUCCUUCAGUGUCACGUCACAGCGGAAAGCUGCAACAAAACCUUCAACCAGUUUAUAGCUUAUUGUAUUAAAUCUAAAGGUCAGAGGCUCACUGUAUUCACUCCCAUCAAAAUCAGCUCAGAUGGGAUCUUUAAACCCCUCUAUCGAAGGUUCCUCACAGGCCUUUGUGCAAACAAAUCCAGUUAUUAGAGGCACAUUCAAGUAAGCAACAAAUGAAAUAGUGAAACUACAAAGACCCCUAAGACGUGGGAAGGAGAAUUUUCCACAUCUUGACAUCAAAGUUUGUGCUUUAACAGAAAUCAGUGACCAACAAUGAUCCAUUGGUGCUAAUUCUGAAUGAAUCCAAAUAAUUCAAACCGUUUCAGGCUAUAAAGUAAAACUUAGUUUGUGGAUAGCCUGCAGGUUUUCCUUUGAUGGGAAACCAGUUCAGAAGAUAGUAGAUCAGUUUAUCCUUGCAUAAACACUUUCAAUUAUAGCAUUCCAUUAGAUUCCCGGCCAUUCCAUUGAUUUCUGGUCAACAUUUCAAACAAAGAUCACGCCACGAUCCGGUUAACAGCUAUUUAUGCUUUUUGCUCAUACGACAAAUCCUAAUUGCAGAGGGACAGCAGUGCAAUUAGCUCUGCAUGAUGUUUUAGCUCUUCUGGGUGUUGCAUCAUUAAAAAAUAGCAUCACGAUGACUGGCGAACAACUUUGUCGUUUACUGCUAGCUUGUCGCAGUCCUGUUAGCUGCACGUAAAACCAAGCAAAGCAUUUAAACAGAUGCAUCCCUCUUCGGAUUCACUACCAAAUUUUCUUCAGUGGUGUUUAGGCAGCAAAUGUAAAAGAAUAACAUACUUCAGAGAGAAAUCUAAAACACUUCAAUCCUGUUACAUGUUUUGUUUGACCUAAAUGUUUUCCUGAAAUUGGGGCAUGAAAUAAAGUUUAAGCACAUACUCUUCAAGACCUUAAGGACGGUGGGGGAACCUUGUUCACAGUGUUUGUUCUGAUGGUUGGUCGGCUACUCUGUGGAUGUUUCUAAUGCGAAGCAGAGUCGUCAUUCAGCAGAACAGCCUGAGUACGAACUUCUUCUUUCCACAAGAACGUCUGUGAUACACUGAAGCUAUCGUCCUCGAAGCUGAACUCACUGACUCAAAAAGCAGCCCUCCCCCCCCGGUUACCAGAUUGAUUUCAAGUUGCUGGUUCAACUCCACCAUGCCUCAGAACCAAUGGCAUCGACUGUUACCGAUAAUAAUCAAUGCAACCAAGAACCCAGAUCGCUGCACCCCCUUCAGGACAUUUGCAUUGUGACCCUUCAGGCCACCCAGGAGAAGAACUGGAGAAAAAAAAAAAAGAAGAAAGAAGACGACAUUUCCCCCAGUUCAGUCUAUUUG